AAAAAAUCAAAGGGAAACAAAAGAAAGCUUUUACAAAGCAACAUUAGAGGAUCAAAAUUUCAAAAGGAAAAAAAAAAAAUCACCUCCAAAAACUGUGAAAAGGACCUCUCUUUCUCUACACCUUGCAUUGUUAAUCUCUGUUUUUAUUAUUUUAUCAUCCUUAAAACCAAAUUAUUUGUUUCCAUUUCCUUUUGCUAAUUCAAUGAAAUAAUAAAAAAAAAAACCCACCAGCAGCCACCUUUUGAUAAAUCAAGAAUCAGAUUUUCAAUCCACACACAUUGACAGCCGUUGGAUUUGAUGACUCCGACGUUGACAUGUCGCCGGCGUUGCUAGAUCCUGGAGGAGCCGCUUCUUCAACUCCCAAAGGUCAGGCUUCUUCUGUUCCUUUUACAGUGAAUUCUUUUGGGUCUUUUCCAGUUUCUCAACCUAAGCUUUCACCAGAGAAAAUGAACCCAUCUUCUAGUUUUGGUGUUGGAGGUGAUUUUAGUUCUGGGUUUUCCAAUUCGACCCCGAAUAAUCCCAAUUUUAGCUUCAAUACACCUUCAUUACAGCAACCUUCUGGGGGCCUUGCUAGACCAAGGCUUGUCAAAAUUAGAAAGCAAUUAAAUUCCCACACGUUAAAAUCUUCAGGCAAUUUAGAAACCCGGGUAGGCCCCGGUUUUAACCCGUUUCGGCCUGUUUCCAGUGUUCCCCACCUGAAUCCAUCUGAUGGGAGCGGCUUGGGUGAGAAUUUGGAUGGAGGAGUUGUGGAGAAAAUGAGCAAUUUGAGAAUUGGGAAGAGUUGUAGUUUUGAUGAUCAAAGUUUAGUUUCGAAGCUUCCGGAUGAUAUAAGGAAGUUGAACAUUGAGGAUGGUUUGAAGGUCAAUCAGAGUAAUGAGAAUGAUGGCAAUGUAGGUAGUUGUAGUGGAAGAAGUGUGGAAACCGAGAAACUUCCAAAUGAGUUGACGAGGAAGUUGAAUAUCAAAGGCAGUGAGGAUGUUGAUGGCGGAGCUAAGAAGGAUUUUGUAUUUAAGGGUAGUAGAAAAAGUAGUGAUUCUUUGGUUGGAAGCUCGACGGAUGCACUUCAUGAUGGAAUUAAGAAUUUGAACAUAAAGGGGUCUCAUGAUAGUAAUGCCAAUGAGAGAGAUGGUUUUGUCUCUAGAAGUAGUAAAAUCACCAGUCAUCUUGGCGGGGAAAGAGAAAAGGUAUUGUCAACUGAGAUGGAGAGGAAGUUGAAUAUUGGGAGUCUAAUGGGAGAUUCUACUGGUCAAACAGAUAGGGGAUUUUCUUCUUCGCUAGUAUUUGAAAAGGAUGUGCAAACUGAAAAGUUGGGUGAUAAGAAGCUCCAUGAAUUUGGUAAAUCAGUUCACAGAAAAUCUACUUUCCAGGUGGCAACACCGGGUUUAUAUCCAAGUAGUAAAGUUCCUAUGGAUCAACUGAUAAAUGAUAUUGGACCUGGUGAAGCUGCAGCAUCAACAACUUUGUUUUCAUCUAGUUCUAUGCAUUUCCAGCCUGGUGCAAAUGUCUUUGGCAUGACUUCUGAUCAACCAGAUAAGAAGGAUGAGUUUGGUUUUACAGCCAAACAAGAUCGUAUAGAAACACCCUUCGUGGAAUUCAAAACUCCUAAUCCACGGACAAAUAUAUUCUCGGGCUUAAACAAAAAAUUGGAAUUCAAUGCAAAAAGAGAAGCUGGUACAACCACAAAAGUCAAGAAAAGGAAGGGAAAGUUGAAGCAGCCUGCACCAGUUCAGUUAUGUCAUGGACAAGAUUUUGUUUCAAGUAAAACUGCUACACAGGAUAAUGCAGAGGCUUCUGAGUCUUAUUCACCAAUGGAUGUCUCACCAUACCAGGAAACACUAGCUGACACUCAAUGUUCAAGAGAAUCUUCUGUAGCUUCAGAUGUGUGUUUCAGUCUUGAUAACAAAUUUGCACCCUGUGAUUCACAGCCAGCAGUUUCAAUUGAUACAAUAGAUGAGGAUCUGGUUGCUGCAACGCAACAUAUGAAUAUAAAUGAAAGGGAGGAGAAAGAUGAAAAAACAAAAGAGGGUUCUGGAAAUGUUUUUGAUAAAAGUGUUGCUGCUGAAGCUCCCCAAGAAGAUUCUGUAUCUGGUGCUGAAACUGAAAGCUUUAUAUCUGCAGCUGAGGAGAUAGAUUAUAACAUUGAUAUUGUUGUUAGUUCAGCUGAAUCUGAAGCAAGUACAAGAUCAAAUAUUGAGAGGCAAGAUAGUGAUGCUCAGAUGUACUUUGCUUCCCCCUCUAAUCUAGAACAUAUAAGUGGGUUUGGCUUCACAUUUGCUGCAUCUUCUUCUGCUCAAACUCAACUAUCAUCAUCCAAACGCCACCAGAAAAAGAAGAAUUUGGCUAAAAUUGCUUUUGAUUCUCCUAAUUCUAGUUUGAAUGUGAGAAUCCCUUAUGCAUCAUCCUCUGUACAGUUUUCUCCUUACCCUGGAGCUUCAUUGCAUGUGUCCCCUGGGCAAGACCAGAAAGCAGAUAUAUCUACUUUGCAAAGCAAGGUUGGAGAGAACUCUGUGGUGGACAAAGGACCUGAGGUCAAGCAUGAGCCUUAUUUGACUGGUGCAAGCACUGCAGUUCAGGAAUCAUGUGAAAAGUGGCGAUUAAGGGGAAACCAAGCCUAUGCUAAUGGGGAUUCAUCCAAAGCCGAGGAAUAUUACACGCAAGGGAUAAAUUGUAUUACUCCAAAUGAGACAUCAAGAAGCUGUCUUCGGGCAUUGAUGCUGUGCUAUAGCAACCGUGCUGCUACACGUAUGUCUCUUGGAAGAAUGAAAGAUGCAGUAGGAGAUUGUAUGAUGGCGGUCGCAAUAGAUCCAAAGUUUUCUAGGGUUCAGCUUAGAGUGGCAAAUUGCUACCUUGCCCUUGGGGAAGUUGAAAAUGCAACGCAACAUUUCAGGAAGUGCUUACAAUCUGGAAGUGAUGUUUGUGUGGACCGAAAAAUUGCAGUGCAAGCCUCUGAUGGCUUACAAAAGGCACAGAAAGUGUCUGAAUCCAUGCAUCGGUCUGCUGAACUUUUGCAAAGGAGAACAUCUGAUGAUGCAGAGAGUGCUCUGAAAUUAAUUGCCGAGUCCUUGCAGAUUAGCUUGUACUCAGAAAAAUUACUUGAAAUGAAAGCAGAGGCCUUUUUCAUUCUGCACAAAUAUGAAGAGGUAAUUCAGCUGUGCGAGCAAACAUUUGAUUCUGCUGAAAAGAAUUCUCUUUCAUUCAAUAUCAAUGGGCAACUGGCCAAUCUGGAUGGUUCUGGAUUAUCAAAGGACUCUACAUUUAGAAUUUGGCGGUGUUGCCUCAUCUUCAAAUCUUACUUUCAUCUAGGAAAGCUUGAAGAAGCUAUUGCUUCACUGGAGAAGCAAGAAGAAUUGCAAUCUGCUACAGAUAGUCUGUCCAGGGAUGGAAGCAACAGUUUGGAAUCAUCAAUUCCAGUGACUGCUACUGUACGUGAGCUCUUACGUCAUAAGGCUGCAGGGAAUGAAGCAUUUCAAUCAGGAAGACACUCAGAAGCUGUUGAACAUUAUACUGCUGCUUUAUCUUGCAAUGUGGAGUCACGGCCUUUUGCAGCUAUUUGUUUUUGCAAUCGUGCUGCUGCAUACAAAGCACUGGGCCAAGUCACUGAUGCUAUUGCUGAUUGCAGCCUUGCCAUAGCACUUGAUGGCAAUUAUUUGAAGGCAAUUUCUAGGCGAGCCACUUUAUACGAGAUGAUUAGAGACUAUGGGCAAGCAGCCAAUGAUCUUGAAAGACUUCUUUCCCUUCUCAUGAAGCAAAUGGAGGCAAAGACCAAUCAAAUUGGAACAUCUGACAGAUCAAUGAAUUUGGCAAAUGACUUGAGACAAGCUCGUAUGUGGCUUUCUGAAAUUGAGGAAGAAGCCAAAAAGGAAAUCCCUAUGGAUUUGUACCUUAUUUUAGGGGUUGAACCAUCUGUUUCAGCAGCAGAAAUUAAGAGGGCAUAUCGGAAGGCUGCUCUUAGACAUCAUCCUGACAAGGCCGUCCAAUCCUUGGUAAGAAAUGAAAAUGGAGAUGACAAACUUUGGAAGGAGAUUAGAGAAGAAGCUCACAAGGAUGCUGACAAACUAUUUAAGAUAAUUGGAGAGGCCUAUGCAGUACUUUCAGACCCUAUCAAGCGCUCAAGGUAUGAUCUUGAGGAAGAGACAAGGAGUAUGCAAAAGAAACGUACUGGAGGCACAUCCAGAGCUGCUACAGAUGCUCAAAGUUAUUCAUUUGAUAGAAGUGGUAGUAGGCGACCAUGGAGGGAGGUCUGGAGAUCAUAUGGCUACUCGAACUCCAAAGGAUCAGAAGCCACUCGAUCAAACAGAUAUUAUUGACAAUUGUGUGCCUACAGUUUGAAGAGAUUCUUGAGAUAUCUGAUGGAGUUAUACAACGAUGUUUAGCAGAUUGGGACUUGGCUUAGGCACUCUGUGGAAAGGGAAUUGACUCGAACCACUGUCCAAGAACAGGUCCAUACUUGCAGGAUGCUAUACCUGAUGAUUCAAAAGGCUUGUUGAAAGUUCUGAGUAAUGCCAGGUCCUCAGAGAUUUUUUGUUGAGGUUUUUUCUAACAGUUUGUGAAUGGCUAAAAGCUUGAACUAACAACGUUAAAAGUUUGAAGUCUGAAAGACUUAUGGUUUGAGGAAAUGGUAUUCUUGUUAAGAAGAAAAAUGGGAAAAGAAAGAAACAGAAAAGAGCUAGCUCUUUCCCAUAACCUAACAGAGGAAAGUCUGGACAUUGCAAAUGUACGGAUGACGUGUACAGACACAUUGAGAUAAAUAAAUUCAAGCAAGGACCUUCAGGGCUUUGCAGUUUUCUACCUCCGGCCGAUUCCAGCUAAAUUGGGAGAGCAGUUUGUUUCUAAAUUGGUCACAGGCUCAGAGAGAGAGUUGAUAUCAAAAAUUUUUUUUCCCUAUACUUUCCAGAUUGAUUGUUUGAUUUCAUUGCUUGUUAAUGAAGAGAAAUGGUGCUUUUCAAAUGUAUUAUAUUUAUAACACAAAUCAAAGAUGCUUGAUUGUACAGUUUGGUGAAAGGUGAAAGUUUGAAUGAGGAGACCUUUGUUUCUCUGUUUUUUGGUUUUCAA